AACAGUACAAAAUCCCUCCAUUUUGAGAACCAUUUUGAUCAUACCCUCCUUUAUUCAAAUUUAGCCCAGCUGACAUGCUCUGUUUUCCCUCAAAACUCAACUAAACUGAACCGACAAUCUUGAUUUUCGCCAGCUCGUUGCAACAAAUGGCAGCAGUUGAACAUUCAAUAUCGUACAAAUCAGGAUAACAGACAUGGUCCAUUGUCAAGAGAGAAUCUAAACUAAGUUGAAAAGUCCAUGUCAACCAUCUUUGCCGCAAAACCUUGAUAAAACUUCCCCUUCAAUUUCAGUUCACCUCACUUUCUCAUCAAACAAUGGCGGCCCAUUUUGCCCUCUUCACUAUUACCAUUACUCUGUUAAUCGCCGUUGCCGUUGCUGAAAUCCGAUCAACCCAGAUCAGAUCCGAUUCACGCUCUACAAUCCCAUUUGAUGAAUUUGGUUACACCCAUAUGGGCCGUUUAAACCUCACCGUCACCGACAUCUCUUUCUCCGCCCAGAAAACCCCUUUGUCCCAAUUAGGGUUCUUCCUCUGUACCCUAGACGCGUGGGUACACGUGCUUGAACAACUCCAAGAAGGCGAAAUUCAUUGUCCCCUUGAAUCCAAUCUCAUACAAAAGGUCUUCACUUUCGACCAAUUGGAACCAUCGACCCGUGAGUUCUCCACCUCCUUCAUCGUCCCCGAUGCCAAUCAAUUCACUCUUGCGUUUGCCAAUUGUAUGCCGAAUUUGGAAGUUUCUAUGAAUGUCCACUCUGUUAUGUACAAUUUCAACCCUAAAACUGGGGAGCUUGAUUUUCUAUCAACAGGCAAAACUGCACUUCCCGUGAUAUAUUUAUUGUUUUUUAUAGUCUAUGUGUUGUUAGGGGCUGUUUGGAUUUACACACUUUACAGGAAAAGGUUAACUGUUUAUAAAGUUCAUUUCUUUAUGCUUGCGGUUUUGAUAUUAAAGGCAUUGGAUUUGUUAUGUGAAGCUGAAGAUAAAUCGUAUAUUAAGAGAACAGGAACUGCUCAUGGAUGGGAUGUUUUGUUCUAUAUAUUUAGUUUCUUGAAGGGGAUUACUUUAUUUACCUUGAUAGUUUUGAUUGGAACUGGUUGGUCAUUUGUGAAGCCGUAUUUGCAAGAUAAAGAAAAAAAGGUUUUGAUGAUUGUUAUUCCAUUGCAAGUUGUGGCCAAUGUUGCACAAGUUGUGAUUGAUGAAACUGGUCCGUUUGGUGAGAGUUCGUAUACAUGGAAGCAGGUUUUCCUUCUUGUAGAUAUUGUGUGUUGUUGUGCUGUGUUAUUUCCUAUUAUGUGGUCGAUUAAGAACUUGCGCGAGGCAGCCAAGACUGAUGGGAAAGCUGCUGUGAAUUUGAUGAAGCUGACAUUGUUCAGGCAGUAUUACAUUAUUGUGGUAUGUUACAUAUACUUCACGAGGGUUGUUGUUUAUGGUUUGGAGAUCAUUACCUCCUAUCGGUACCAGUGGACCAGCGUGGUGGCUGCUGAAUUGGCUACACUUGCCUUCUAUGUAUUUACUGGGUAUAACUUUAGGCCUAAAGUGCAUAACCCCUAUUUUGCUAUUGAUGAUGAAGAGGAAGAAGCUGCUUCAGAGGCACUCAAGCUUGAAGACGAAUUUGAAUUGUGAUCAGCAUUGUAAGAAGGUAAUUUUAUACAGCCAAAGGAGAAAACUACACUAUUCGAAUAUGCUUUUUUUACAUUUUAGAAACGAUUUCUAGGUUGUCGUAAGUUCCUCUGUAUAGUACAGUUAUAAGGUUCACCAUAUCUUACUUCAUUCAACAGGGAAAACUGCUUUGCAUAGCUUUAUUGCAAGUACCUUCCUUAGUGCUUUGAAGAAUUUUGUUUUACAUUUGGGAGUAUUUAGUGUUACUUGUUGAUUGUCAAAUUCAAAAAGUUGGUACCAAAAUAUCUGUUAAGUUUGCCAUAAGCUUCUUGUGGUAAAAAAAUAUGAGAUGCUGUUUUUCUA